UUCAUUUUUCAAAUUAUGGCUGAAUAAACCCAAGACAAACAAUUCAAGGGAGUUAAGAAGUUUACUUAUAGAGGCCUCUAACUCGAAGAGCUCGUGAAACUCCCUAUGGAUAAAUUGGUGGAAUAAUUCAGAGCCAGAUAGAGAAGAAGAAUCUCAAAUCAAGGAGAAAAGGUGCAUGCAUUCUAAAACUUGAUGAAGAAGGUAUACAAUAUAAGUAAUAUAUUUAGAUCAGAAAGUCCAAGAAAGAAACAUUACCAGGAGAAAAGCCAAAACCCGUGAAGACUCAUUAAAGAAAUACAAUUGUUGUACCUGAGAUGGUUGGUUCAAUUGUUGGAGUCUACAAUGGAAGAUAAUUCAGUAACGUUGAAAUCAAGUUUGAUAUGAUUGGCAGGUAUUGAUUUGUAAAAGCAUGUAUUAGAUAUUUGGGUGAAUUCUCAUUAACAUAUAAGCCAACCAGACAUGGUAAGCCAGGAGUUGGUGCAACAAAAGGAUCACAACACACAGAUUGAUGUUAUGGAUUUAAAAGUACAUUAAGUUAUUUCUACAAUAAUAUAUUACGC